UGGAUCAUUGCAGAGUUGCAUCAGUUUUGUACGUACAAUUACAUAAUGCCAUCAUGAUAACUGCGUUUCGGUGUGUUAAACACUCUGAACACUUUUUUUUCUCUUCUGCGAGCGAAUGUCCAUUUAGCUCCACCUCUGCAUUAACAUUUGCUAUGGCGCAAAUUGUCUGACGUUAAUUCGGAGUUUUGUAGGUCACAUAAACUUGUGAAAGGUAUAAAUAUGCCAGGUGUUUAUCACAGACUGCGGAGAUAGAAACAAGAUGGCAUUUUGGCUGCUAGCUCUGUUUGUUGCAAGUGCCUAUGGGUGCGGCACCCCUCACUUUUCCCCCGUGGUGAACCGAGUGGUCGGAGGAGAGGAUGUCAGGCCUCACAGCUGGCCUUGGCAGAUUUCCCUGCAGUACAACAGAGAGGGUGAAUGGAGACACACCUGUGGAGGGACUCUGAUCUCUGAGCAGUGGGUUCUCACUGCUGCUCACUGUAUCAGCAAAGACAAAGAGUACAGGGUGGCCCUGGGCAAGCACAGCCUGGUAGAGACGGAGGAGGGGGCUGUGUUCAUGGGCACCGCCAACAUCAUCGUGCACGAGAAGUGGAACCUCCUGUUCAUUCGUAAUGACAUUGCGCUGAUAAAACUGGAGGCCCCCGUCGAGGUGUCUGGAACCAUCAUGCCUGCUUGUCUCCCAUCUGCAUCCUUCCUUCUCCCCCACGAUGAACCUUGUUACGUCACCGGGUGGGGUCGUAUCUCCACUGGAGGCCCCAUCGCUGACAACCUGCAGCAGGCUCUGCUGCCCGUGGUGGACUUCGCCACCUGCACCAAGCCUGACUGGUGGGGCUUCAUGGUGAGGGACACCAUGGUCUGCGCAGGCGGAGACGGAGUUGUGUCCGGUUGCAACGGAGACUCUGGCGGUCCUCUGAACUGUCAGAGUCCUGACGGCUCCUGGGAGGUUCACGGUAUUGUCAGCUUUGGCUUGGGGCUCAGCUGCAACUACCCCAAGAAACCUACCGUUUUCACACAAGUCAGCUCCUACGUUGACUGGAUCAACUCUAAAAUGGUGGCCUAUUAGGAAGCAGACAUUUUGGAUCAAAGCACCCGUAUCCAUACUUAAACUGAGGAACUAAGAGAAAAAAACCAAAUAAAUACUUUUAAAAAAUACAUAAAGACUGGAUUAUUUUAUUUUUUGUGCAUUCUUUGCUUUAAAUGUAGGAUAGAGGUAAUUAAACAUUAAUUGAUUUUACAUCUGGGGACUAGGUAUUGCAUUUAAAUCCAUUUAGAAAUGACUCAUUUUGACUUCAAAGAUGACAUUAUUCAGGUUUUCUAUUUUCCAGCUGAGAUACUGAUGAGAAAUUCCUAUCACGAACCACCUGUUGUUUGACUUUUUGCAUGUCUUUUCCAAAUCCUUCUGUACAGUGGGGGAGAAAAGAGGGUUGAACAAACAGUGUAAACGGGACAGUUUGAAGUCAGAAGUAAGCCCGCACUUAUGUGUUCAUGUUCAGUCACCAUGAGGUUGCUGGUUCUCGCCGCUGUUGUAGCUGUUGCCUGUGGGUGUGGCCUGCCCACCUUUCCUCCCUCUCUGAACAGGGUGGUGGCAGGAAAGAAUGUGAGGCCACACAGCUGGCCCUGGCAGGUGUCCCUCCAAUCAGACAGCACAGGGAGUUGGACGCAUGUGUGUGGAGGCACCCUCAUCUCCUCUGAGUGGGUCCUCUCUGCAGCACACUGCAUCAAUGACCGCUACAACUACAAAGUGGAGCUGGGCAAACACAGCCUGAAAGAGACUGAGGAGGGCUCAAUAGCUCUCAUGCCAUCCAAAAUCAUCACACAUGAGGACUACAACAUCCUGCUCAGCCGGAAUGACAUCGCCCUGAUAAAGCUGUCGUCCCCUGUCACCUUCUCUGACACAAUCAUGCCCGCCUGCCUCCCUGACCAGGGCGUGGUCCUGUCCCACAGGGCCAGCUGCUACAUCACCGGCUGGGGCCGACUCGCCACCGGUGGUCCUCCAGCCGACAUCCUCCAGCAAGCUCUCCUGCCAGUGGUCGGCCACGAAAUCUGCUCCCAGCCUGAAUGGUGGAGUGUCCUGGCAACAGAGAAGAUGGUCUGCGCGGGAGGAGAUGGCAUAACAGCGGGCUGUAAUGGUGACUCUGGUGGGCCUCUGAAUUAUCAAAAGCCUGAUGGCUCCUGGGAGGUCCACGGGGUCGUGAGCUUUGGCUCCGGUAUGGGCUGCAAUGUUCUUCAGAAGCCCACCGUCUUUACAAAAGUCAGCUCCUACAUCGGCUGGAUCCAUACAGUUACGACCAGCAACUAAUGAAACUGCUGAAGGGAUUUCAUCAGCGAUAACGUCACUUAUGAUUUACAUUUACUGUCUCAGUCCUUAAAUAAAGUGUUGACAAGUGGAAUGUCGAGCCAUUGUAUGUUAAUGUUGAGUUAUUGAUGAUGUGCUGGGAACUU